GUGUGUGUGUGUGUGUGUAAUUAAUCUGUGGUGUGUGUGAGAGAGUGUAUAGUGUUUGUUAGAUGUGUGUGAGUGUCUAGUGUGUGUGUGUGUUGUUAUGGCGUCGCUGGUGGACUAUGAGGAUUCAGACAGUGAUCAGGAUCAGGACUGUGGUUCUGGAGCUCCGCCUCCUCAUGAGAAACCCUUCAUCACCAACCCAUCAUCAUCUGUGGCCCCUGGUGGCCCCUGUGACUUUUUGUCUUCAUCAGUGACGCCCAGUGGCCCCUACAGCACUUCGUCUUCAUCAGUAGCCCCUAACGGCCCUUACUCUUCAUCAUCAUCAUCAUCAUCAGUGGCCUCCGGUGGCCCCUACGGCUCUUCAUUAUCACCAGUAGCCCCUGCUGGCCCCUACAGCUCUUCGUCUUCAUCAGUGGCCCCCGGUGGCCCCCAGAAGCGGCAGUGUGUGCCGUCGCGUACCGUCCGGCCGUAUGUUCCCAAACGCCAGCGAGUGUGUGCUGUGGGGCCCCUGGAGUCUGCUCCGCCGGGCCCCGCUGCGUCUCCUCUGCUGUCUGGAGUGUCCGAGCGGCUGCGGCCCUUUCUGAGUAUGGGCCCGGUGCGAGCAGAGCUGCCCAGACGCAUGUCCUGCGGGGUCCGGGGCCACCAGAGUCCCGUCACGGCCCUUCAGUGGAGCCCGGAGCCCCAGCACAGCCACCUGCUGCUCUCCGCCUCCAUGGACAACAGCUGCAAGGUGUGGGAUGGUGUCGGCAGUGGGCGGUGCUUGCACACAUACUCCGCCCACCAGGGGGCGGUGCGUGAUGCUUGCUGGCUGGCAGAUGGGCGACGCCUCCUGUCAGGAUCAUUUGACGGCACGGUGGCGAUCAGUGACCUGGAGACGGGUCAGGUACUCAUGCGGAUGGAGAAUGGGUUUAAGGUGUGCUGCGUCGCUCCUCGACCCUCCGAGCCCGAUGUGUUUCUGUGUGGAGGCUUCAGUCCAGAGGUCAGAGCGUGGGACUCACGCUGCUGUAAGGUGCUGCAUGUGUACAGAUCUGCGGUUCAGCAGACUCUGGAUCUGCUGUUUGUGAAUGCGGGCCGAGAGUUUGUGAGCAGCACCGAUGCCGUCAGUCGAGACUCGGCCGACCGAACACUCAUCGCCUGGGACUUCCAGACUAACGCCAAACUCUCCAACCAGAUCUUCCACGAGAGAUACACCUGUCCCUGUCUGACGGCUCACCCACUGGACAACAGCUUCAUCGCUCAGACCAACGGAAACUACAUCGCCCUGUUCUCAGACCAGCGGCCCUACCGCAUGAACAAGAGACGCAGAUAUGAGGGACACAAGGUGGAGGGGUUUGCAGUGCAUUGUGGGUUUUCUGCAGACGGCAGUGUUGUGGCCACUGGAAGCUCCACCGGUUCUGUCCACUUCUAUGACUAUCAGAGCUCACGGACACUGAAGACUCUACAGGCUCAUGAGCAUGCAUGUGUGUGUGUGGAGAUGCAUCCCAUAAUCCCCGGCGUCGCCGCCACCGCAGACUGGACUGGUCAGAUCAAUCUGUGGACGUGAGGAUAGUGAAGAACACUGAUCCAGGUUCAGCACUGCAGUAUAUGAUGCAGAACUACACACCGCACAAUGUUCACUCACUGUGUUUACAUUACACUGAUCACAUUUACACACCAUGAUCAAUUACUGUGCAUGUGGACAAGUGUAAACACUUCAAUUCAGACUGAGAAAUGAGAACGACAGGUUUAUUCAGGAAAAACAGCAUAAAUAUAGAAACAUGCGUGUGGAAGCGGCUGAGUAGAUUUACCGUGGUCAUAUUGAGGUAGAACAGAAAAACACAAUAACGAAACAGCUCAUACAGUCAUGCUUUUACAGUCUUAAACACUGAUCCAGCUCAUCACCGUCUUAAUAAACCAGACGUAUACUGUUUUCAUCACUGUGUCUGAAUGAGAAAUGAUGUAUUUGGGUAUUCCAGGAGUCAUUUCUCUGAUCAAAAUCUCUUUGUUUUUUAUAUAUUGAUCAUUUAUAGAUGUAUUCUGUGUGUGUGUGUCCGUCCGUCCGUCUGUCUGUGUUUACAUUUUGGAAAAUAAAGCUUGUUUACAUUGAUGACUAUACGAAAAACCUGGACGAAAUCUACAUUUAAAAGUUGCUGCUUUCCUCGAAUAAUUCAAAAAAU